GACACAGAGGAGGAAGACCCCUAAACACCGGGGCAGCUCUCCAAUACGUCAGAGACAACGUCUUUACAAACUCCUCUGGGAGUAGACGCCUGCAGGGUGUCCCACAGAUAUUGAUCUUGCUAACUGGGGAAGGUCUUUUGACAAUGUAGAUAGCCCAGCCUCAGCUCUCAAACAGCAGGGCAUUUAUGUGAUUGGCAUCGGAACUAGGACCUCAGAUGCUAGAGAGCUGCAGAAAAUAUCAUAUGAGCCCAGUUAUGCUCUGCCAGUGUCCGAGUUCACUGACCUUCCCAGUGUCCAAGAAAAGCUCUCUUCUGUAAUGAGCACAGUGAUAGUGAGGGCCACGCCCAUGACACCAACAGUGACCGUGGUCAGACCGCCAGCAGGAAAGGAUGUGGUGUUUUUGCUGGAUGGAUCUGAUACUACUAGAACUGGAUUCCCAGCUAUGAGAGACUUUGUCCAAAAACAAGUAGAGACACUCAGUGUGGAUGAUGGCAAAGACCGUGUGUCGGUUGUUCAGUACAGCAGAGAUCCAACCGUCCAGUUCUAUCUGAACACUUACACCACAAAAAGAGAGGUCCUUGACAGUGUCAGAGGUUUGAGGCACAAAGGCGGACGACCCCUCAACACUGGAGCAGCUCUCCGGUACUUGAGGGAUAACGUCUUCACGGCCUCUGCCGGAAGCAGGCGUCCCGAAGGAGUUCCGCAGGUCCUAAUAUUGAUCACUGGUGGAAGAUCAUUUGACAGUAUUGAUGAACCAGCCUCUGCUCUCAAACAGCUGGGUGUCUUGACCAUUGCAAUUGGAACCCGAGGCUCUGACCCCAGAGAACUUCAGACCAUAACUGGCGAGCCCAGUCAUGCUGUAUCUGUGUCUGACUUCACUGACCUUCCCAAUGUUCAAGAACAGCUCUCCUCUGUAAUGAGCACAGUGCUAAUGAGAGUCACACCUUUGACCCCAACAGUGACUGUGGUCAGACCGCCAGCAGGAAAGGAUGUGGUGUUUUUGCUGGAUGGAUCUGAUGCUACUAGAACUGGAUUCCCAGCUAUGAGAGACUUUGUCCAAAAACAAGUAGAGACACUCAGUGUGGAUGAUGGCAAAGACCGUGUGUCGGUUGUUCAGUACAGCAGCGAUGCAGCCGUCCAGUUCUAUCUGAACACUUACACCACAAAAAGAGAGGUCCUUGACAGUGUCAGAGGUUUGAGGCACAAAGGCGGACGACCCCUCAACACUGGAGCAGCUCUCCGGUACUUGAGGGAUAACGUCUUCACGGCCUCUGCCGGAAGCAGGCGUCCCGAAGGAGUUCCGCAGGUCCUAAUAUUGAUCACUGGUGGAAGAUCAUUUGACAGUAUUGAUGAACCAGCCUCUGCUCUCAAACAGCUGGGUGUCUUGACCAUUGCAAUUGGAACCCGAGGCUCUGACAGCACAGAACUUCAGACCAUAACUGGCGAGCCCAGUUAUGCUCUAUCUGUGUCUGAACUGACUGACCUACCCAAAGUGCAACAGCAAGUUGAGUCCUCUGUGGAAGCUGCAGUUAUUGAAGUCACCCCAGAAUUACCAACCGUAAUUGUUUCACGUGACAGAAAAGAUAUCGUAUUCCUUCUGGAUGGUUCUGAUGGCACAAGGAAUGGCUUCCCUGCCAUGCGUGAUUUUGUAGAGAGAGUGGUGGAGAAACUCAAUGUGGGAGAAAACAAAGACCAUGUCUCUGUGGUCCAGUACAGCAGAGAACCAGAGGUCCAUUUCUAUCUGAACACAUAUACCACAGGGGAGGAUGUGGUGGACUCGGUCAGAGGGCUUAGACACAGAGGAGGAAGACCCCUAAACACCGGGGCAGCUCUCCAAUACGUCAGAGACAACGUCUUUACAAACUCCUCUGGGAGUAGACGCCUGCAGGGUGUCCCACAGAUAUUGAUCUUGCUAACUGGGGAAGGUCUUUUGACAAUGUAGAUAGCCCAGCCUCAGCUCUCAAACAGCAGGGCAUUUAUGUGAUUGGCAUCGGAACUAGGACCUCAGAUGCUAGAGAGCUGCAGAAAAUAUCAUAUGAGCCCAGUUAUGCUCUGCCAGUGUCCGAGUUCACUGACCUUCCCAGUGUCCAAGAAAAGCUCUCUUCUGUAAUGAGCACAGUGAUAGUGAGGGCCACGCCCAUGACACCAACAGUGACCGGUAAGAACGUGACUCAUUUGUAAUCUCCAGUAUCAUGGUAGAAAACAGUCUGAAAAAAAAUCAAAUGUGUUUUCAG